AUGCCCGAACUCGCCGCCGUCGACCGCGGCGCCCAGCAGAUGCUCUUCAGGAUCCUCAAUGCCUUUGCGAACUUGCACGUCGAAGUCGGCUACUGCCAAGCGUUUGACCAGCUGGCUCGAGUGCAUUUGCCGAAGCUGAGGGAGCACUUCAUAGAAGAGGGCGUUUUGGCUCCGGUGUAUCUACACCAGUGGUUUUUGACGCUGUUUGUGACGUCUUUGCCGCUGCGGACUUCGCUGGUGGUUUGGGAUUUGAUUUUUGCAAAUGGAAUUUCUUCGGUUUUGCAACUCGCGGUGGCGCUGCUGAAGGUUUUGUCUCGAUUUCUCGUUCUUUUGAAAUUCGAAGAAGUUGUGAAGUUUCUGAAGUCGCUCAAGUGCAGCGGCGGCGUCGACGACUUCCGCAUAGGCAAAAUGCUGGUCAAGCAGGCGGCCAAGAUUUCGUUGCCGGCCGAACUUUUGGAGGAAAUAAGUCCUUCGAAUUUGGAGGCUCUCAUAAUAGAGGCAAAACAAGAAGACGAAAGAGAAAUGCGGGCAAGAGCAGAAACAGCAGCAGCAGCAGCAGCAGCAGCAGCAGCGGCAGCAGAGCCGGCUGUGAGGGCCAAUCCUUUGUCUCUUGUUGUGGAAAUGGAUGGAGAGGAAGAAGAAGAAAAUGAUAAUAAUAGUGAAAGUUGCAAAGAAAGGGAAAUGACUCCCCUGAGUUCUGCUGCAGCAGCAGCAGCAGCAGCAGCAGCAGCGGGAGGUGUCGAUACACCCCAGAAGGACAGAAAGUACAGCGUUGUUUCUUGGUUUGUGAGGAGGGACUCCGACGAAGCAGAUUCUGAAGCAGCAGCAGCAGCAGCAGGAACGGAAGCAGGUGCAGCAGCAGCAGCAGCAAGAGAAGCAGCAGCAGCAGAAGCAGCAGCAGCAGCUGGAGAGUCUCCCUCGUGUCCAGCUUCAUCUUCAGCAACGCCGCGGCCGCAGUCCGGCGAAACCCCAGCAGAAGCAGCAGAAGCAGCAGAAGCAGCAGCAGCAGCAGCAGCAGCAAAUGAGGCGCAGCACUCUUCAAAAGACACAGAUUCUGACGAAGAGGGAUAUGAGCUUUUGGAGCUGCCGAGGGGCAAAAAGGAGAAAAAGCAAAACAGCAAAAAAAAGGACUCAAAAGAAGCGGCGGAGCCCCAAAGUGCAUUUAAAGAAGAAGAGCGAAAAGAAAAAGAACAAAACGUCAUUGACGUCAUCACUCUUUGGCUAGCUGGCAAACCCGCCUCUAGCUAG